CAGCAUCAAGGAUGGAGUUUGUGAUUAAUGCGAUGAUGCAUCGGCUCUUAUUUCCACGUGGCGACGCCGGUUGAAUCUUGGUAGCGAGGCAAUUCCCACCACCCUUCCUCGGUGGGUCAAACAUUGGAGAGCUGGGCUCGAGCUCUGGCUGAGUGAACGACAAAUGCCUUCCAGCUUCCUCAACCUGAAUGCCGUGGUUCCUACCCUGUCAACUCCUGGUGGCGGUGGAAUUGAUGGGGGAGGUGGUUUCUUGGUAGCCAACAAUAAUGAUGCUUGCUCACUGAGGUCCACGAUUUUUUCCUUCUUCUCUUCUUCUUCUUCUUCUUCUUCUUCUUCUUCUCUUCUUCUUCUGUCAUGAACAGAUCACCAUGGCGUUCGACCGCAGCCUGGAGGUGCGCGACGUCGCGGCCGUGUUCCUCGCCCUGGCGUCGGUGACGACAUCACUGCGCUGCUAUGUCCGUUUGCGCAUCGUCAAGGCCUUUGGCUGGGAUGAUGCCUUUAUGGUCGCUGCGCUGGCCUUCUUCGCCCUCUUCUCCGGCUGUAUGAUCGGGGGGAGCAUCUAUGGGACUGGGCGACACUUGACGCAGUUGACGAACCACCAACGCACAACAGCCAUGAAGUACUGGUUCUUCUGUGAUAUCGGCUACUGUAUCUCCUCUGUUCUGUGCAAGAUUUCGGUCAGCAUCUUCAUCCUGCGCAUCACGAUCCACCGGGUCCACCGGUGGGUCAUCAUGACUGUUGCCACGCUGGUGGCCAUUGCGGGUAUCUUCUUCUUCAUCUUGAUGCUGGUUCAGUGCAAUCCCAUCUCUUUCUUCUGGAUGCGUCUGUCCAGCGAUCCCCCGGCGACGGGCUCCUGCAUCAACAUUGACAUCGUCAUCGCUGCUCUCUACACUUUCUCCACCAUCUCUGCAGCCUUCGAUCUCACCAUCGGGAUCCUCCCCAUCUUCCUCGUCGUCAAUCUGAAGAUGCGCUCGGACGUCAAGAUCGCGGUCGCCGGUCUCUUAGGCAUGGCCUGCAUUGCUUCCGUUGCCGUCUUUGUCCGAAUUCCUUAUGUGCACACCCUCCGUGACACGGACUUUCUCUAUGCCACCACCGGAAUCGCCGUCUGGUCCAACAUCGAAACCGGCCUAGGCAUCACCGCCGGCAGCAUCGCGACUCUCCGGCCUCUCCUCCGCAUGAUCCGCCCGCAGACGACCGAUCCGCAGUCCCGCACCUGGCCCAAUUCGCGCGGCAAACAGACCCGGUCGAUUCCGCUGGGCUCUGUCGGGUCGCAGGGCCAGGGGCCGCAGUUGUAUCACGGAGGCGAGUCAAAUAAAGUCUUUGGCACCUCGGUGACCAUGACGGUGCAUGACCAUGAGCACGACCGCGAGGUCGUCCCGGACCAGGAACCGCUUUUCUCGCGGAUCAAUGUCCACCACGAGUUUCACGUCACCACGGAGAGAUGACUUCGAUUCAAUAUAAUUUAAUAAAUUCAACAUAAUAAUAUAAAAUACGAGUCCAU